AACUAUGAUUCUUUCCUCCACCCACAACUCUCCUCACCCUCUAGCUUACAGGCUAUAUAGCUAAGCUCCUUUCUGUCUGUCAUACACACUUAUAAGCAAAUUGAGUGAAUGCAAAUUAAAAGAUAUAUAUAGAUAUAUCCAUUCAGAAUAUACAUACAGCCAGUGCACUAAUUCUACUGUAAUUACUAAUGGCAGAGCCACUCUUGUGUUUAACUGAAGAGUCUACUUGCAAUUCAUCUUCCUCCCCCUCACACAAACGCCGGAGAGAAGUCGCCGGCGGAGGCAGCCGGAAGACUGAUCUGAAGCAUCCGUCGUACGUCGGCGUACGAAUGCGUGCGUGGGGGAAAUGGGUAUCCGAAAUCCGGGAGCCCAGGAAGAAAUCCCGCAUCUGGCUCGGCACCUUCGCCACGCCGGAGAUGGCCGCCAGGGCCCACGACGUCGCCGCCAUGUCCAUCAAGGGCCGCUCCGCGCUCCUCAACUUUCCUGACCUAGUCGGGCUUUUCCCUCGCCCGGCUACGUGCCUCCCGCGUGACGUCCAGGUCGCCGCCCUCCAAGCAGCUCAGAUGGACGUCGACCACCUCGAGCCGCAGCACGACAAUUCCAACAAGCAGCCCGUGGCCGCUGCGUCCUCUCCGUGCACGUCGUCGCCGUCCUCUUCCACCGUCACGUCAGCGGAGGAGGAGGCUGCCGCGUCGCCGAGCCCAUCGGAGCUGGAGGAGAUAGUGGAGCUGCCGGAUCUCGCGGAGAGCACCGAGUCGACUCGGAACGAGUACGCGUUGGUUGACUCGUACUGGUGGGACUACUGCGGCCACCAUUGGUCGCACGGCGUGGAGGACUGCGGCGGAAAUUAUUACGCAACGGCCGUCGCAGGCGACGGAUUCGAGACGGUGCUUUCCGGCGACUUCGAGAGCUGCUUGUGGCAGGAUUGAGUUGGAGCUUGAGAAAUUAAGUGAAUUGAUUUGUGUGAUUGCCUGAAAAUUUUCCUUAUUUUCUUGAUUUUUUUUUUUUGGGAAUUUUGUAUAAUUUGGAGCUAAUUAAAUGAAAAAUAAAAAAUGGGGAUCUUGAUUGAAA